CACUAAUAUCCUGCAUCAAAUUUACUUCUUCAGAGCACCUAUUAAAUGAAAUAUUUAGCUUCUAGUGCCCAACCGGUUUCCAGAGUUCGCUACGUACACCUAGUACGGUUAUGUUUGAUAUGCCGUAAUGCCGUAUUGCUUAUUAAUCUUUCAUUACAUACAAUACUAUGUUAUAUCAACGGGUGUGCGUCUGUGUACGUGUUUGUGUUAUGUAGUUCGCGUUCUUUUUGUUGUACCUUCGUUAUUUUAGAUGUGUUUUAAAAUAAUUUAAAAUAGUUUUUAUUUAUUUACGAAUGGACCUUUUAUAAUAUUUAAAAUGCGUAAUACACGAAGUCUCGUUUUUGUGUAUCAAACCAACUUUUUGAAGCAUUCAUAUUCAAUGUAAUACAAAUAUCUGUUAACAAUCUAUCAAAUUGAGCAUUUAACAUGAAUGAUAGUCAUAUUAAAAUGAACGUAACAUCAUGUGAUUUGGUUACUGGAGCACAUAUUACCCAUGUAUACAUAAAUCAAACUCCAGAUAAUUUAAAUGAAAAAUCAUUAGACACAAAAUUACUCGUCAAUGGACCUGUUGAAUUUAAUAAAUCUAAUUCUACGUUUGCGUCGAAAGAGUCCUCGUCACUGUACUCUAGCAAUAUUAAUGACGGUAGGGAUGCGGUGGUGAAUAUCUUAAAAAACGCGACACCAUAUGAAUAUUCUAAAGUUGUUCAAUCUUCUCAGUUGAGACUAGACAAUAAUGGAUCAUAUUCUUGUCAUAUAUGUGUUAAUGAUAAUGCCGCUCUGAAUUCAGUGUGCGAGACUAUUAAUACUGAUGUGAUUCGUCCAAUAUGCAAUGCUGGUACAAACUAUACUUAUCCUUCAUCAGAGGAUGACGAAAGUUAUUGUGGAUAUUCUAUUGCUGAUAUCAGUGAUAUUGAUGACCUAUCAGAUAAUAUUUUAAAUGAUGGUCAAUCUAGUCCACUUAGGGAACAAACGAGGUUACAAACUAAUGGUUCUAGUCAUGGCUUUAAUUCCAGUGGUGAUUCUGAAGCUGAUGGAAUUGUAACGUUUCUGGACAAGCGUAAUAAUGAAGCGGAAGCUCGUUUGGCUGCAAGACGUCAAGCCCGUGCUGAAGCUAGAGAAAUUCGUAUGCGAGAAAUUGAACGGCAACAAAAAGAAGCCGAAGAAAAUGCAGACAAAGCAUUUGACAUGCAUGCAGCAGAUGGGCCUUUAGCAAAUCGAGUAUCACGAGUAGCUGCUAGUACUGCUAGUCCUAGAGCAGCCAGUUCUAUACAUAAUACUAACAGUUACCAAUCUAGUCGACGCAAUUCAGUUGAUUCUCUUGAUGAAUCUACUCCUAAUUUUCGAGAUUUUAGGAUGGAAUUAAAAGACUUAGAAGAAAAGUUUCGAAAAGCUAUGGUACAAAAUGCUCAACUUGACAAUGAAAAAGCAGCUGUGACAUAUAUGGUAGAAUUGUAUAAAGACAAGUACACCGAUAUUGAAGAAGAGCUUAUGCAUAUUAAACGAGAACAUAAAGAGAGUUGUAGGGAAAAUGAAAAAUUAAAACGUUUAUUGGCUACUCAAAAACUAGAAUCUAUAACACUUCAACAAGAACUAGAAGAACGUGAUAAACUCAUUGAGGAAAAAGGACUAGUAAUUAUCAGCACAGAACAAGAAAGUUGGAGUGAAAGUGACCAAUGUAAUAAUAAAAUAAAACGUGCCUUAGUUUCUGUUGAAAAUGCUCAAUUGUUACAAGAUGCAGGAGAAGGUUGUUUAGAUGUACGACUCAAAAAGUUUACUGAAGAACGCAACAGCUAUAUAGAUGAAAUUAACCAGCUCAAAUUAGAGUUGCAAGAGGCCAAACGUCAUAGUGAUAAUCAUUACAAUGGUACAGACUCAGACGAUUUGGAAGAUGCCCAAAAAGAAACUAAUAAAGUUCUUGGUGAUUAUAAAUUCAAGUGGCAAAAGGCUGAACAAGAUAUUUCUACAUUACAAGCAAAUGUUGCUAGGCUAGAGAGUCAAGUUAUUAGAUAUAAAACAGCUUCUGAAGCAUCUGAAAAAGCUGAAGAUGAACUGAAAUUGGAAAAACGAAAAUUACAGCGUGAGCUUCGAGAAGCUCAAGCAAAAGUUGAAGAGUUGGAGACAUCCAAUAUGCAUUUGUUAAAACGCUUUGACAAAUUAAAGAAUGCCAAAUCUAGUUUACUGAAAGAUUUAUAAUAGACUAUGUUAUUCAUUAUCGAACAAAACUGAAAAUGCGAUUUGUUGUGCAAUAAAAUCUACAUUCAUCAUCAGUGUCACAUCACACAAUUGAUAAUGGAAAGAUGUGCAAAACAGGAUAAGAAACAUAAAAUAAUUAAAAACAUAAUUUAGUAUAUAAUUUUUUGAAUAAUUAAAUUUAUAUUAAUAAAUAUUUAAUAACAAAAUACUAAUAAUUAUAGAAAAAUAUAAUUUCUGUGUAAAAAUUGUUUUAUUUUAAUUGAAAUUACAAUCUAACAUUAUUAUUUUAUAAAUGUUUUAUUUUAUAUUAAGUAUAUUUAAUUAUCAUUUUAUUUUGAAAUAAUAAAAUUCUUUAUUUUUGUUGA